AUGUCUAUGACACUAGCGACGGCAUGGGUGAGGAGAGGCGUCGCUGCGGAAUUCCCACACAAAUAUGAGGUGGACGAAGCAGAACUGGGUCGCAUUGAGAAACUCGCUCGAUUACAACUCGCAGACGCACAAGAAGAUCUAGACGCUGCUCAAAACGAUAUUGAUGGUGAGAACGAGGACUCGGAAGACGACGAUGACGAAGCAGGCGUACCCACGGGCAUACAGAAUGGGACGCCCGGAACUCGAGGCACCACCACAGACAACGACGAUGACAUGAGAGAGUACAACCUGUCAGAUUAUGACGACGACGAGGUCGACCAAGAGACAGGAGAGAGAUUCGCCAUGUUCGGCAACGUUCGGUCUUUAGCAUACCACCAAUUUGGCGAAGAGGACCCCUACCUUGUUCUACCAGAAGGCGAAGACUCAGAUAAUGAAAGAGAAGAGUUACAAGUCCUCGCUACAGACAAUAUGAUCCUAGCUGCAAAGGUCGAGGACGAAGUACCGCACCUCGAAAUUCUAGUCUACGAAGAUGAAGCAGACAAUAUCUACGUCCAUCACGACAUCAUGCUACCAGCUAUACCUCUUUGCCUAGAAUGGCUCGACGUACCAGUAGGCAAGACAAACGGUGACAAGAAGCAAGGGAACUUUGUAGCUGUCGGCAUGAUGGGUCCCGAGAUCGAGGUCUGGGAUCUUGACGUGGUAGACAGCAUGUAUCCGGCCGCAAUCCUAGGUCAACAACCAGAAGAGAAGGAACAGGAAGAGAAAUCAAUUUCGAAAGAUUCGAAAAAGAAGAGCAAGAAGAAGAAAAAGCCCAAGCCGAACGAUUCUUACCACGUGGAUGGUGUCUUGUCUCUCUCUUUGAACAGACAUCACCGCAAUCUACUUGCUUCAGCAUCCGCAGACGGCACCAUCAAGCUAUGGGAAUUGAAUACCGGCACCUGCGCAAAAUCAUACACGCAGCACGGCAAGGCCAAAAUCACAAGCUUAGACUGGCAUCCUAGCCCUGAGCGUUCCACAAUUCUACUGUCCGGCAGUGCAGAUACAAAGACAGUGGUAAUAACCGAUAUGCGUGCCCCUGAAGCCACAGCCCCCACGUGGCAAGUGGAAGCAGACAUCGAGCGCGUCAAAUGGAAUCCACACGACCCAGACUUCUUCUACGUAACGACCGAGGCAGGAACAGUACACUACUUCAACUCGAGGACACCACCAGCACCAAACGCACCAGGCAUAAGUAAGCCUGUAUUCACACUACAGGCCCACGACAGUGCUGUUACAGCUUUCGACAUCAAUCCUCUUGUGUCGGGCUUUCUAGCCACAGCUUCCGAGGACAAGACCGUCAAGCUAUGGAAUGUAGUAGAUAACAAACCCUCAAUGGUCGUCUCGCGCAAUCUUGAUGUCGGACGCGUCUUCAGUGCGCAGUUUGCGCCGGACAACGAGGUCGCAUUCCGCUUGUGUAUAGCUGGCAGUAAAGGCAAUGUACAGGUGUGGGAUACGAGUACGAAUGCAGCUGUACGAAAGGUCUUUGCUGGUAGAGCGCAGUUGCCAGCUGGUGAUGAUGUGAAAGAGAGGUUGGUAGCCAGCAGUGGAGGUGGUGGGGGAGAAGACGAGGAGGAAGAUGAAAGCGAAGAAGAAGAUGUGGCAGAGGAUGGAGCUGGACAAAAUGGGUGGGAAAGUAUGGAGGAGGAUUAG